AGACUCGGAGGCCAGCAUGCCCAUUUGACAGAAGUAAUUUGUGGACGCCUAAUAAUCGACAAAGUUAUUCAAUUUAACCCAGGAGAUCGAGUCUUAGACUGCGGAGUAGGAGCAGGAUCAUGGAUACUUUCUCUAUCGAAAGAAGUCCCCGAUUCAGUCGAGCUGGUAGGCAUUGACAUCUCACCAUCGAUGUUUCCGAAGGAGGUCCCCGGUAAUGUCAAACUCCAUGUGGUAUCGUCUAUGGAUAUGCCAGCAGAAUGGACGAACACAUUCACUCUCGUACAUCAACGCCUACUCGUCGCUGCAUUCACGGCUGAGCAAUGGAGCAAGGACUUGGCAGAAAUGUUUCGCGUACUCAAACCUGGAGGCACAAUACAGCUUAUGGAGAUAUGCAACUACGGAUCUCUGCAUGUACCGCUGGAAAAAUUGCCUGCAACGAAGAAAGUGGAUGAGCUAAUCAUUGCUACAUUGAACCACAAAAACCUGCUUGGAAAGGCAUGCGGACGCGCCCUACCCAGAAUGCUGGAGGAGACUGGUUUCUCCGAUGUACAGGUCGAGGAUCACCAACUGCCCCUCGGGAAGCAAUGGGGUGAAAUCGGUAUUAGGGGUACGAGGCUCCGUGACGUGCUUCUACACGGGUUUGGCAAAACGUUAUUGGCGGAGGGUGGACUUGGUUUAUUCAAAUCGCAGGCGGAAAUUGACGAGGCAAUCGGAAAAGCCAAGAAAGAAUGGGAUGACACGCCAGGUGUAUUUGUAUAUUUCCACUGCAUCACGGCUAAGAAA